UCGUGAUUUCGGGAAUGGUGGUUUUGGUCCAGCGACUCGCUGUUUUAUUUUAAAAUUCUAACUAAAAGUGUCCAAAUUAUCUAGUAAGAAUGACUGAAAAAGAGAUGACUAUGGAAGAUUUCGAGGAGACGGUGAAGCGAACAGACGAGCAGCUAGACCUUAUGGAGUGGAAGAUGGACAAUGUGGAGAAGGAGCUGGUGGAGCCUGUGGACGUGCAGGACGCCUGCGUCAUGAACCUACUCAAGUCUGUCUCGGAGGUGCGCUCAGACUACAUGCAGCUACGUCGCGAGCUGGUGGAGGUACAGGCGUUACAACGAGAGCUCUCCACUCGGCUGCGAGCACAACUACGAUUAGUCCACGGCAAGUUCGCGAGACUGCGUCAGCGCCUCGCCGCAGCACCACCGCAACGCUGAACGCCUCAAUGGUACGCCUCUCAUGUCUACUACUUCGAUUUAGUAUGUACUUUGAUCAGCAAAUGUUUGGUGGUGGGACUAUCGUGAAGUAAUUGACAGACAGCGCCAUCUUUUAGUUAGAAAAAGAAUUACAGACUGAUCAAACU